UCUUCAACCCUAGCCCAAAGCAGGGGCCAAGAACACAGUUCCAACUUUAACCAUUGAGAAAUUAUAACUCAAGUUGGCAAUUAAUUUCUAACUGCAAUUUCUCAUCAAGAGCCUAUUGAUGAAAGACUUCCAAGUCUUUUCUUCACUAUCUUGGUGGUAAUUACUAUCAACCAAUCAAAUUUUAUGUACUAAUUCAAAAUUUCUCUUCUUUUAACUCUUCCCACCAAGCAUUUAUUGUAGAUGACCACAAAGACCAAUACCAAUUACACAUAGAAACAGCCGCUGACUUCUGUCUCAUCUUCUAUUUUCAGUAUCAAACUUUCAUAGUUAAAAUCACCAUUAUCAAACGAUCAUAUCCACUCCACUCUUAUAAUCUCCUUUACACUAAUAUAAAUCACUAACUUCUCUUCUCUUUAACUUUCUCUCUGUUAUUUCCACCUAAUCAUGUCUCUAACCAAUGAAGCUCAAUUUGAUCCAUUACAGCCUUCCAUUCCUAUCUCUUUUCCAUUGAAAACACUUGAAGAACUUGAGUCUCGAGCUUACUUCAAGUCCUUUCACUACCCAUUUAACAAGUCCUCUGUUUCUCUUAAAUCCUCUGUUUUGGCUAACAGGCCUAGGAUUCUCGUGUGCCAUGAUAUGCAAGGAGGAUAUGUUGAUGAUAAGUGGGUUCAAGGAGGGAAUAAUGAAAGUGCCUAUGCUAUUUGGCAUUGGUAUUUGAUUGAUAUUUUUGUUUACUUUUCUCAUAAUUUGGUUACUUUGCCUCCUCCUUGUUGGACUAAUACAGCUCAUAGACAUGGGGUUAAGGCGUUGGGGACUUUCAUCACAGAAGGGGAUGAAGGGGUGCAGAAUUGCAAUAAACUACUUGCAACAAAGGAGUCAGCUAGAAUGUAUGCCGAGAGGUUGGCAGAGCUUGCUACUGAUUUGGGCUUUGAUGGAUGGCUGAUGAAUAUGGAGGUUAGCUUAGAAGAAAGGCUGAUUCCUAAUUUGAAAGAAUUUGUCAGUCAUCUGACCCAGAUUAUGCACUCGUCAGUGCCUGGAUCUUUGGUAAUAUGGUAUGACAGUGUCACAAUCACUGGAGAACUUGACUAUCAAAAUCAAUUGAAUGAAAAGAACAAACCUUUCUUUGACAUCUGUGAUGGGAUAUUUUCAAACUUUUGGUGGGAGGAAGACUAUCCAAAACAAUCAGCAGCUGUUGCUGGUGAUCGGAAAUUCGAUGUGUACAUGGGAACAGAUGUAUUUGGAAGAGGUACUUAUGGCGGUGGACAAUGGAACACAAAUGUCGCGCUGGAUGUUUGCAAAAAGAAUGAUGUAUCAGCUGCAGUAUUUGCUCCUGGAUGGGUCUAUGAGACAAAGCAACCACCUGAUUUUCAAACUGCUCAAAACAAGUGGUGGGGCCUUGUCGAAAAAUCAUGGGGAUUAAGAAAGUUUUAUCCUAAUACACUACCAUUCUACUCUAACUUUGAUCAAGGCCAUGGAUAUCAUAUUUCUGCUGAAGGAAAGCAAGUUUCUAAUGCUUCUUGGAAUAACUUAUCUUCCCAAGGUUUUCAGCCGUUUCUUCAAUAUAAAGAAAACCCAAAUCCAGAUUCCAUUGAAGUUCUUCUAGAUUUUAAGCAAGAAUCUUACAGUGGAGGAGCAAACAUCACAUUUAAAGGAACUCUACAAGGCCAUAAUGAUUUUAGAACAAGACUAUUUCAAGGAAAAUUGCUUCUUGGUAAACUGCCUCUCCAAAUCACAUAUUCUGUAAAAUUAGAAGGAGAUUCUCAGCUAGGCAUAUUUUUUCAGUUUUGUUCUGCUCUAAAUGAAAAAACAUCAGUACUUAUAGCACCCUGGCAAACAAACCUGUUAUUAAACAAAUUUAGCAGAAUCAUCAAGCCGUGCCUAGUUCAUAACCCUGAAACGGCUCCAGGAUGGGUAAUACAGGAGGCUAGGAUUACAAUGGAAGGAUUCACAUUGACAGAAAUUCAUGCUUUAUGCUACAAGCCGGAACCUGAAUAUAGAAAACUGAUAUCAGAAGGAAAUAUUGAUACAUUAGCUCAUGCUCCUUCACAAUAUUUUGCAGUUCUUGGAAGUGUCAAACUUGAGACUUCUAAAGAAAACCCAGUUUUCCCUCCUCCUAGUUCAUGGCUUGUUGAGGGCCAGUGCAUAAAGUGGGGUUCAGGUUUUAAGACUGUUAGUGUUAAAAUCACUUGGAAGUUGAAGAAUGGAAGCAAUUUCGAAUUCUCCAAGUACAAUAUUUAUGUUGAGAAGAUAGCAAAAAAUGUAGCUGAAGAUUCAAGUGAAAGAUUAGAAGGGAUUCAAGAGUUUAUUGGAGUAGCAUAUAUUGAAUCAUUUUAUGUUUCUGAUCUUUCUAUUCCUUCAAGUACUUCUAGUCUCAGGUUUAUUAUACAGGCGUGUGGCUUAGACGGUGUUUGCCAGAAACUGGAUGAUUCUCCAUACUUUCAAUUGAACGUGGAAGCAUCUCAUCAAAUCACCAUUCCCAUCUGUAAUUAUGGAGAGAAGGUCUCACUGAAGACAUCUUGGACUAGAGCAAAUCCAUGGAGAAGAUUUAUCAACCAUGAACAUCACAAGGCACCUAAAAUGUGGUUUCAAGAAAGUGCUAACUCUGUGAUUGUUGACUUGCUAAUAAGAGUUGCGAAAAUGGAUAGACAAAUCACCAUAGAUGGAACAAAAGAAAGAGGUUUAAGGUGGUUGCUAAUGAUGUUUUUGGUUGUAUUAGGCAUGAUUUUAUGGGUUUUGAAUCAUCGCGUAGUUAAUAAUUUUGGAGGGAAAAUGUACUGGUAAUGAACCUUAUGUGGGUCAUAGAUAGUAGUUUGACAUACAAAUUAUAAAUUCCUGAAGUAUAAAUUACCAAGAAAAUUGAUUAUUGAAAAGAAAGCAAAAGCCUAUUGAAAUACUUCAGUUUAGGGGAAAAUCUGUAAGUGAAAUUACGCAUUAAUUUAUGUCAUUUACGUAUAUUUUUGUUUAA